AGCCAGAAGAGCCGGUUCGCGUGACUGCCCAUUGUUGUGCACCCUUGCCGAGCGGUUUCACUUCAUCCCAUCCCCCUGCGCGCCUCGCCAUGGCUCCUCUGCCUAGUGUUGCACAGAAACCGAGUGCCUGCAGUGCACUGCAUAUAUUCCCUCAUUUCCCUAAAGCAGCAGGUUGUAGCAGCAAAAACCCCACAAAUUUCCACAAGAAUUCGAACGCGAGAAGUCGAGUGCGUCUCGGUUGCUUGGACACCAUUACUCCGUCCGGUCCAUGGGGGAAAGACAAUAGCGGUGUCAGUUGGAGGGGAUCAGUCGUCGCGACCAGAAGAAAUCGGAUCGGGUUCCAGAGGAGCCAGAUAAACAGAUUCCAAGGAGUUGGUCGCGCUUUACCUGCCAAGGGGGCUUCCAGGCAAUUCGGUCGGACGAACCGUCGCGAGGAUGACUUUAACGAAUGGAAUGCUGACGAUGCAUAUGACACAGAGGCGAUCGACGUGGAGGCGAGGGAGGGCUGGGGGUUGGAGGAGGAGCGACUGCUCCAGCGACUGGUGGAGAGGCUGGAGGGCACUCCCCUGUCCGCCUCCCCGCGCCACGUGUCCAGGGCAGUGCGCAGCGCAGGGGUGCGUCUCUCCCCCCGCCGUGUGGCGCUGGCAGCGCGGCUGCUCGCCAGCAAAGGCAGCUGGCGGAGGGCGCUGCUGCUCGUGCACUGGGCUGCUCGCCGCGACCAAUCACGCGUCGACAGGAAGGUGCUCACCUCGCUCAUCGCUGCUCUGGGCUGGCGCUACCCCGAUGCUGUGCUGCAAGUGAUGAGAAUGAUGAUGUCGCAGCCAGCCACGUGGCCUGACCUCCCAGCCUAUAGGGCUGCAGCAGUGGCGUUGGGAAGGGCGGGAUAUCUGCAGGAGCUGCUGCAGAUGAUGCAGGAGCUCAGGGAGGGGCCCGCUCGCACCAAUCGCGCAGAACCACUUGAAACUGUUGGCAGCGGCGGAGAUGGGGAUGAUGGUGAUGGUAACAGCAGGGCUGCGAAUGGCCCUAGUGACAGGCCUCGUAACCAAGGCAGCAGCAGCAACAGCAGGAGCAGCUGGCUGGCUCCAGAUGUGGUGGUCUACAACGCACUGCUGAACGCAUGUGGAGCCAAGCGGCAGUGGAAGGGAGUGCAGUGGGCGCUGCAGCAGAUGAGGCAUGAGGGGGUGACGCCUGACUCUGCCACCUUCGGCCUUGCCAUCCAAGCCAUGUCCCUCUGCAGCCAGACACACUAUGCGCUCCAGCUGUUGGCGGAUAUGGAGGCUGCUGGCUUCUCCCCCACCACUCGCACCUACCGAGAUCUGGUGCGAGCACUAGCAGCAGCGGGGCGGGUGGAGGAGGCGGAGGCAGCAGUGCGGGAGAUGCAGGAGCGAGGGAUGGAGGGCAACGCGGGGGUGUUCCACUCCCUGGCCUGCGCUCUAUGUGCCGCUGGGAGGUGGCGGGAUGCUGUUGCCCUGGUGGAGAAGAUUUCUCGGGCAUUGGAUGCGCAGCCACCAGUGGUGACGUGGACAGGUCUGAUUCGUGCGUGCGAGCGAAGCGGCCGAUUGGACGACGCGGCCUGUGUCUUUCGGGAGAUGCAGAAGCAGAGGUGCACCCCAAACAUCACCACCUGCAACAUCAUGAUAACCGUUUUUGCCCGCACGGGCAGGUUCUCUGCUGCAGAGGAAAUCUUCACUGCUGCCCGCUCGGGCGGCAGGCCUAUAAUCACAGGCAGGAAGAGGUGGAUGAGCAAAGAGGAGAGGCAGGAGGAGAGGAUGAGGCGGAUGGCAGCCAAUAGCAGGAGCAGGAGGCGGCUUAUAAGGGAAGGGAAACUGGAGAGAGUAGGGAGGGUUGGGGAGGAAGCAAAUGUGGUGGCGGAUGGGGAGGCAGGGAGAGAGGGGCGAGGACGAGAGGAGGAAGAGGAGGAAGGGGAGGAAGGGGAGGAAGGGGAGGAAGGGGAGGAAGAGGAGGAAGGGGAGGCCAUUGACGAGACAGGUAGGAGGGAUGAGGUGCACAGCGAGGGGGCUGAGAAUGGGGAGGAAGACAGGGAGGAAAAGAGGGAGGAAAAGAGGGAGGAAAAGAGGGAGGAAAACAGGGAGGAGAAUGGGGAGGAGAAUGGGGAGGAGAAUGGGGAGAGCGCAGACGAGAGGGUGUGGUUCGGCAGGAGGCGGGAGGACCCACCCCUGGUGGCCAACAGCCACACGUUCGCAGCCAUGCUGGGCGCAUGCGUGCGGUGCAAGCAGUGGCAGGCCGUGCGCGCCGUGGCUCGGGACAUGCAGCGGCAGGGGUGGCCCCUGCAGGUGCAGCAGCACGGGUGGGUGGUGGACCUGCUGCUCAAGGGGAAGCAGGGCGCCAUUGCCGAUGAGCUCCUGCUGGCCAUGCGGGGUGGCACAGAGGGACCACAGACAGCCGGCACAAGAACAACAGGGGGCCGAAGCACGGGUACAGUUAGCCAGGAAGGUGUGGCUAUCACAGGGUCUUCUGGCCCUAGCCGUAUUGGCAGCAAUGAUUCUGGUCGUGUGGGUGGUGAUGGAGGUCCUGGGGCGGCUGAGAGCAUGAGUGAGGAGGAGCAGCGGCGGCGGAUUGCAGAGCAGCAGCUGGAUCUGCUGUCAGAACUGACCAGUACGACUAGCAGGGGGGGUGGAGAUGCAGGAGAUGGAGGAGAUGGAGGAGAUGGAGGAGAUGGGGAGAGCAGGCAGGGUAUCUCAAAAGACAACGCCGGCUCUGGAAGCAGCAGCGGCGCGGAUUGCAGCAGCAGCAAUGACAGCAGCAGCAGCAGCAGCAGCAGGAGCAGCAGCAGCAGCAGGAGCAGCAGCAGCAGGAGCAGGAGCAGCAGCAGCAGCAGCAGGAGCAGCAGGAGCAGCAGCAGCAGCAGCAGGAGCAGCAGGAGCAGCAGCAGCGGCAUGGAUGGAAGCAGUAGCGGCGAGAUGAGCCCUGUGUUCCUGCGGGUGCGGGAGCUCUUGGAGUCGCACGCCCCGCUGGACAGCUUCGCCUGGCGCUAUGCUGUGGCGUCGGUGGGUGGCGGACUGACAGGGGAAGGGGCGGCGGAGACAGUGGGAGUGAUGGACGCGUGGGGGAGGGCUGUGGAGGGGAAGGUGGUGAGUGGGGAAGGUAGAACCGGGGAUGCGGCAAUAAUGGCAGGUGCUGAGUCAGCAAGUGUUGAUUCAUCCGGUGCUGAGUCAGCAAGUGUUGAUUCAUCCGGUGCUGAGUCAGCAAGUGCUCAUUCAUCCGGUGCUGAGUCAGCAAGUGUUGAUUCAUCAGGUGCUGAGUUAUCAAGUGGUGACUCAGCAGGGAUGGAGGGAGGACCAGAGAGAAAAGCAGAUGCUAACACCGCAACAGACGCCCCUGCUGCUGCUGCUGCUGUUUCAAGUGGUGCUGCUGGUGCUGCUGGUGUUGCAGCAACUGCUGCUAUUGCUGGCGCCGCUGAACUGUACCCUACAUCCUCCCCAGCUGUUGACCCUGGUGUGCUGGCAGACCUUGUAAGGGGGCUGCUUGUAGGGGGGAAGAGGGAGGAGGUAGAAGUGGCAUUGCGAUUGGUCGACCGGAUGGAGAGGGAAGGGUGGGUGGCAGAUGCUGGCAUAUACACCAGCCUGCUGCACCGGACCAUCAGGCUUGGCAUGGGAGCUGAGGCUCGGGAGGUGUUGGCUCGGGCUGAGGCAGCAGGUGUGCAGGUUGAAUGUGACGAGCUGGAUUUAAGUGACAGUGUAGAUGAUAUGGUCGAGGGAGGGGGUGGAGUGGGGAAGAGUGAUGUUGUGAAGUAUAGGGGGGGUGGUGCAAUGAAGGGCUUUAGGGUUGGGGACGAGGGAAAGAGGUUGGGAGCAUGGCGUAGAGGGGAGGGGGAACAAGUGGAAGAGCCUUCUGCGUGGGACAUCUUGAGCGAGUGGAGGAAGGAGAUGCGCUAAGUAGGAGCUUAAGAGUCGAAUUAGCAUCAGUGUUUCCUUAUUGCCAGUGUGGCUGUUAUGAAUGAACAAGCAGAGUAGCGCAGAAAUGAAUAACAAAGUGUUCAAUCACUG